AUGGCCAACCCAGCUGCUGUCCUUUUGCUGAGCCAGUACUUCGCGGAAAAGAGGCGCCAGCGGGAGAUAGAGAAAGAGACGGAAAUGGGCGGGCUGUCCAUGUCCAGACGGGUGUCUUGUGUGACUCCUGCGUCGAGGCGCGGCAGCUCACGCUUUGAGGCGUCAAGGAGGAGCUCGCGUGUGUCUGUCAGGGGCACGGCCAGCCGUCGAUCAAUCUCAUCAGCGAGAGUGCCCACAACGCCCUCCAGCAGAUCGGUAAGUAGACUGGCCAGCGACAGAGUGGGAGACAUAUCUUUUCCAUUCAUCGCAGGACAUUAACGGUGUCAUGCGGCCCAUCACGUGCCGCCCCGUGGUCUCUCUCUUCUCCUCACAAACAUCGACCCUCCCGAUACCGACGCUGCCGCUUCCCCCAAUGCUGGCUGACAGCGACCAGGCCUCCCCGUCGAUGGCCGACCUGCCAAAACCUGAGAGUCCCCAUCAAGGCUGGACGGGGGAGAUGAGCACAUACACGCCGAUGAGGAGACUGACCACCAGCAAGGCAACCAGCAAAGGUGCGCACACACAGGGAAAGAAUACCUAUGGGGCCUUGAUGUGUGUGUGUUGUGGAUGGAUCGUCAGAGGCGUCCCGCGUGUCGAGUAGAAAGAGACUGUCGUUUGUAGACCACCCCGCGGUGACUGACACCGACGGCAGCAUGUCCGUGUCACCCACGCCCAGCGUGGCCGCCGUACCCAUCCGGCAGAGGCAGUUUGGACGUGUGUCGUGGUCGCCCUCCCUCCAUGUAGAAGAGCAUCCCACUACGCAGCCGGUUAGGUUGGCUGACACAGUAGCCGACAAACAUGACGAGAGCAUCCAGUAGAACGAGCAAAUCGUUGCGCUGUAGUGCAUGUCCGACCGACGGCGUGUGUUUGACUAUGUUGUGACGUUGAUUUCUUUGCUCAGCCGGAGCUCCAUGACGGACAAUUUGUUUGUUAACGAAGGAUAGUUGCGUUCGUCAGGUUAAAGUACAUUGCGUGCUCAUUAUAUAU